UUAAUCUCGAGUUUGCUAGCAAUUUUUUAGUGAGCUAGCUGACUAUUUUCGUACUUUGGCCUACAUCUAAAGUACACAAAUGACCUAAAAUUAAACACGUCGCGACUUUAAACGUCAACUACUCAAUUUUUAUGCAUUUGAAUCAAAAUUCUUUUGGUGGAAACUAUAGAAAAGAUAAUAAACCACAUUCGUAUGAAGAAACAGUGUCCGAAAAACGAUGGGCAAGGUCGUCACUCAUAAAUCUAUGGAGCCUUCAUGAGUUUUAACAUGGCGGACACUGGCGGACGUGACUAUCAGCAGUCGCAACAAUUAGAAAAACAAAUCUGCCAACUCUGUGGUGAAAUGGAAAAACUAAUGGUGUGUGCUGGGUGUCACGAGACAUGGUAUUGUUCUAGGGAACAUCAAAAGAAACACUGGAAGGAGCAUAAAUCAGUAUGCAGCAAGGCAGUCAAGAGUACAACAUCAACAGAAUGUAAACAAACGACACCAGAAUCACAGGGACAACUCAAUGAGAAUAGAUUUGUUUCAAUUGAUUCAACGACACAACCACUGACUUUAGAUCAGUCCCCAGAUCACCCGUCAAGUUCAAGUUCAUCAUUAUUCGGUGCCAGUUCAGCAGACUUCCCGCUUGGUCCUGGAUAUCCGUCCGGGGCAUCUGGAAUUGACGAUAUGGGGAAAUUAGAAAAUACUGUCGAUCAUGUAACAGACGCUAAAAAACCUGAUCAAUCUAUCAUCAUGAGUCAACAAAGGAAGCGUCAUAUCGCAGAAUAUGUAAUCAAGUGCCUAAAACAAUAUGGAAUAUGUGUCUUCGAUAAUUUUCUCGGUGUUCAAAAAGGGAAUGAGAUAUUUGGCGAAGUAAAACACCUGCACAGCAUAGGUGCUUUUAAAGAUGGACAAGUGGUUAGUGAGUCAGUGCCUCGACCCACCCAGACAAUACGCGGUGACAAAAUAGCUUGGGUAGCAGGCCAUGAACCAGGUUGCCAGAACAUAGGUUACCUGGUUGAGAAUAUAGACUCUAUCAUCAUGUUGUGCAAUGAGAGAAGGGCACUGGACACUUAUCAUGUGAAUGGCAGAACUAAGUUGCCUGUCUAUUUUUGCACAUUCCUGGCAAUGGUCGCAUGCUACCCGGGUCAUGCCACCAGAUAUGUUCGACACGUUGAUAACCCAAAUCAAGAUGGUCGUUGUGUUACAUGCAUAUAUUAUCUCAACAAAAAUUGGAAUGUACAGAAAAGUGGUGGUCUACUACGCAUAUUUCCCCAGGGCGAGAGUAAGGUGAUAGCAGAUAUCGAACCUAUUUUUGACAGACUUCUGUUUUUCUGGUCCGACCGUCGAAAUCCACAUGAAGUUCAGCCUGCAUACUCCACGAGGUAUGCCAUAACUGUGUGGUAUUUUGAUGAUAAGCAGCGGGCAGCAGCAAAGGAACGGUAUAUGCAGCAAGUAUUACAACAAAGCAGUAAGCAGAGCAGUAAGACAUGAUAUGCAGUAACCAUGGAUACAAGAGUCAUUUCUCCUUAGCACAGGAGACUAAAGAUUGAACCCUGCAAUGAGAGCAGGUUAAAUAAAGAACCCUGCAGAUAUUUAAGCAGGUUGAUUAUAUCUUACCCUUUAAGUGGUAUUCUAAGAGUGAAACUUUGCAAUGUUUGUUGGUUUUGAGUAUGAUAUAUAAUUCUGCAAUAUGCUUAAAAAACUAACUUUGCAUUGGACUGGAAUGGGUUUCUCCGACCAGCAAGUCACUAAACUGGACAAUUUUGAGUUGCAUCCCGUCAAGCGUACUGUACUUCUAAUCCAUGGUUACAUGAGCUUUUGAUUUUGGCAUGAUUUACAUAAUUUGGUGAUUAUAAAAUACAUGUACUUGUUUAAAUAUCACAAUUUCUGUUGUAAUGCUCCGAAAUUUUGAUUGUAAAAUGGUAAGUUUGCAAAUAUCUAUCCUUGUUCAUGAGAUAAUAAGGCGUCCUUACCAAACUGACUCCUGUUCGAAAUUCUGCUCAUAAUAUAUUUAAAUGUCUUCAUCAUCAAUUGGUUUAUCACAUACUUUUACCACCAUAGCUGAAACAAAUGACAGGUUUUUCGAUUUGGAUAGGCAUGUUAGGCAUAUGUUUCUGGAUUGCAUAACUCAUACAUACUGUGCUGAAGAUAAACGGGAUUCUCUAGUGAUGUCAU